GUAUGCCACCACGCCGACUGCCAGCGGCUGCACCACCAGGGGCCCCUCAACCUCUGUGAGGCCUGUGACAGCAAGUUCCACAGUGCCAUGCAUUACGACGGGCACGUCCGCUUUGACUUGCCACCCCAAGGCUCUGUCCUGGCCCGGAAUGUGUCUACCCGGUCAUGCCCCCCAUGCACCAGCCUUGCAGUGGACUUGGAGGAGGAGGAGGAAGGUUCCAUGGAUGGCAAAGGGGACCGGAAGAGCACAGGCCUAAGACUCUCCAAGAAAAAAGCAAGGAGAAGACACACAGAUGACCCUAGCAAGGAGUGCUUCACCCUCAAAUUCGACCUGAAUGUGGACAUUGAGACAGAGAUCGUACCAGCCAUGAAGAAGAAGUCGCUGGGAGAGGUGCUGCUGCCUGUGUUUGAGAGGAAGGGCAUCGCAUUGGGCAAAGUGGACAUCUACCUGGACCAGUCCAAUACACCCCUGUCCCUCACCUUUGAGGCCUACAGGUUUGGAGGACACUACCUGCGGGUCAAAGCCAAGCCUGGGGAUGAAGGCAAGGUGGAGCAGGGAGUGAAGGACUCGAAGUCACUGAGCCUACCAAUACUGCGGCCAGCUGGGGCCAGGGCCCCCAGUCUGGAACGUGGGGACCCUCAGAGCCGCCGGGAAAGCCUCGACAUCUUGGCCCCUGGCCGCCGCCGCAAGAACAUGUCUGAGUUCCUGGGGGAGGUAAGCAUCCCUGGGCAGGAGCCCCCCACUCCCUCCAGCUGCUCUCUGCCCAGCGGCAGCAGUGGUGGUCCCAGCAGCACGGGUGGUGAUAGCUGGAAGAAUCGGGCGGCCAGUCGCUUCAGUGGCUUCUUCAGCUCAGGCCCCAGCACCAGCGCCUUCGGCCGGGAGGCAGACAAGAUGGAGCAGCUGGAGGGCAAGCUGCAUGCCUAUAGCCUCUUUGGGCUGCCCCGGCUACCCCGGAGACUGCGCUUCGACCACGACUCCUGGGAGGAGGAGGAGGAGGAUGAGGACGAGGAUGAGGACGGUGCCUGCGUGCAGCUGGAGGACAGCUGGCGGGAGCUCAUUGAUGGGCAUGAGAAGCUGACGCGCCGGCAGUGCCACCAGCAGGAGGCAGUGUGGGAGCUCCUGCACACCGAAGCCUCCUACAUCAAGAAGCUGCGGGUGAUCACCAACCUCUUCCUGUGCUGCCUCCUGAACCUGCAAGAGUCAGGGCUCCUGUGUGAGGUGGAGGCGGAGCGCCUGUUCAGCAACAUCACAGAGAUCGCGCGGCUGCACCGCGGGCUGUGGAGGAGCGUGAUGGCGCCGGUGCUGGAGAAGGCGCGGCGCACGCGGGCGUUGCUGCAGCCCGGGGACUUCUUUAAGGGAUUCAAGAUGUUCGGCUCACUCUUCAAGCCCUACAUCCGAUACUGCAUGGAGGAGGAGGGCUGCAUGGAGUACAUGCGCGGCCUGCUGCGCGACAACGACCUCUUCCGAGCCUAUGUUACGUGGGCGGAGAAGCACCAGCAGUGCCAGCGGUUGAAGCUGAGUGACAUGCUGGCCAAGCCCCACCAGCGGCUCACCAAGUACCCGCUGCUCCUCAAGUCGGUGCUGAGGAAGACUGAUGAGCCGCGAGCCAAAGAGGCCGUCGUCACCAUGAUCGGCUCCAUGGAGCGCUUCAUUCACCAUGUGAAUGCGUGCAUGAGGCAGCGACAAGAGCGGCAGCGGCUGGCAGCGGUGGUGAGCCGCGUUGACGCCUACGAGGUGGUGGAGGGCAGCAACGAUGAGGUGGACAAGCUCUUGAAGGAAUUUCUGCAGCUGGACUUAACAGCACCCAUCCCUGGUGCCUCCCCAGAAGAGACACGACAGCUGCUGUUGGAGGGGAGCCUGAGAAUGAAGGAGGGGAAGGACAGCAAGAUGGACGUGUACUGCUUCCUCUUCACGGACCUGCUCUUGGUGACCAAAGCAGUGAAGAAGGCCGAGAGGACCAAGGUCAUCAGGCCACCGUUGCUAGUGGACAAGAUCGUGUGUCGGGAGCUGCGAGACCCUGGGUCCUUCCUCCUCAUCUACCUGAAUGAGUUCCAUAGCGCCGUGGGGGCCUACACGUUCCAGGCCAGCGGCCAGGCCUUAUGCCGCGGCUGGGUGGAUGCCAUUUACAAUGCCCAGAACCAGCUGCAGCAGCUGCGUGCACAGGAGCACCCAGGCAGCCAGCAGCCCCUGCAGAGCCUGGAGGAAGAGGAGGAUGAGCAGGAGGAGGAGGAGGAAGAAGAGGAGGAGGAGGAAGAUGGAGAGAGCAGCACUUCGGCUGCAAGCUCCCCCACCAUCUUGCGCAAAAGCAGCAAUAGCAUCAACUCUCAGCACUGUGCCUCGGAUGGCUCCACAGAGACCCUGGCCAUGGUAGUGGUAGAGCCUGGGGAGACAUUGUCCUCACCUGAGUUUGAGGGCGGCCCCUUCAGCUCCCAGUCGGACGAGACCUCUCUCAGCACCACGGCCUCCUCCAUCACUCCCAUCAGCGAGCUGCUGCCCCUGGGCCCGGUGGAUGGCCGCUCCUGCUCCAUGGACUCUGCCUACGGCACCCUCUCACCCACCUCCUUGCAAGACUUUGUGGCCCCAGCUCCUGUGGUGGAGCCAGUGCCCCAGCUCCCAGAGUUGCCUCAAGCCCCCUCACCCCCACCCUCACCCCGUCUCCGCCGCCGCACCCCUGUCCAGCUGUUGCCCCGUCUGCCCCACUUGCUCAAGUCCAAAUCGGAGGCCAGCCUCCUCCAGCUGCUGUCAGGGACUGCCACCCGUGGAGUGCCCCUAGCACCCAGCCGCAGUCUGUCGGAGCUCUGCCUGGCCACUGAAGCCCCCAGAUCUAGGACUCAGGGUUCCCCUCAGGAAGCUGGACCCCGCUGGGAUUGCCAGGGGGCACCCAGCCCUGGCAGUGGCCCUGAGCUGUCGGAACCGGAGGAUGGAACCAGUGGCCUGGCUGGGGAGCCCACAGGCCCCACCGGGAGGAGGCACAGGGAGCUGCCCUCAGGGGUCUCGCCCAGGGUGCAGCCUGAACCCCCUCCAGGCAUCUCUGCCCAGCACAGGAAGCUGACCCUGGCCCAGCUCUACCGAAUCAGGACCACCCUGCUGCUCAACUCCACACUCACUGCCUCGUGAGUGACCUGGCCAGGGGUAGAGGGGAGAUGGGCCAGUGUCAGUCAGCAUUUCUGGGGACAGCAAGCCCAGGGAGUGGGUAGGGACACAGUCAUGGCUGGAAGCAGACAGAAGUUGGGGAUGGUGAUGGGAGAGGGAGCUGGAGACCUGCCCCAGGGCCUGGCUGGGGGGGUGGCUGUGGGAGACAGUGGGGCAGGGGGCCUGAGGAUUCUGGUGGGGACGAAAGGGGGGUCAGGACCCCUCUGUGAAUGGCAUAGGCCAAGGAAGGACUGUCUUUCCCCGUCCCCUGCAGGGAAGUGUGAACAGAGGGAGGCCCCCAAGGGUGCCACUGAUCAAGGGACAGCAGACAGCAUGCCUCGAGGGGUGCCGGCGACUGCUCCAGUCACUGCCUCAUGUUGUGCAUGGGGCCAGAAUGCAGGCAGGGUCCCUGCCAGCCACUGGGGCCUAUUUGCACUUAGACUGUCUGGAUGGAAGUGGGGAAGGCCCUGGCAGAGCCCCAGACAUAGGCUACAGUACCCCAUCCACCCACCCCCACUGCUGCCACCCUCACUAACCUGGAAUGGGUCUGCCCAGGCAGGGUCCCUUGUCUCCUUCUCCUUGAAAUUUCCAGCUGAACACCCUAGGCUGGGCUCUAGGGCUGGGGAUCCAAGCUGCCUUCCCACCUCCAUCAUCUGCCCCAAACUGGACUAGACUGUCCCCUGCCCCUGUUCCCUCCCAGCCCCACUGGCCCCCACAGGCCUUGGGUUGGGCUCCAUGUAAAGUUGCAUAUUUAUUGAGGUUUUGGUUCUUUUAUAAAGACUUGUAUAUACUCCACUGGAAAGAGUGCUUUGGUUCUGGAACCCAUUCCCUUCCUGCUGCAGGUGGACUUAAGCUCAAGGUUCGCUCCUUUUCUGUCCUCCUGUGCCCUCCUCUAUCUGCAGUAGGACAGGACUAGCAGAGGCAGCGGGAAACAGGGGCCCUGGACCAACACCCCAAGGCCAAGCCUCUUCCCCUGCCACAGCCACAAGGUCACCCUCAGAGCCCUCCCGGAGGUACCUUCCUGGGGCUCCGCCUUGGCUGGCUCUUGAGCUGAUGUCCUGUGGGGUCAGGAGGCUCCAACUCUGCUGAGGGUGCUCCUAGGACUCAGGAGGUACUCCAGGGGAGGAGAGCCCCUGCACUCACACCCCCACAAGUACUCCUAGGAAGGUGGGUUUUCCACUCGAGGCUCCUCAGGUACUUCUGGCCCAACCCUCUCCAUGUUGGGGGUGCCGAGGCGCAGAAAGGGGCAGUCACUUGUCCGGGGCUGGAGCUAGAACCCCUGCCUGGGGAUUGGGAUCAGCCCGCUCCGACGUGUGCUUUGCCGCCCCAGGUGAGCUCUGAAGAGGGAUCUGCCGCGGGGGCGCCAGGUGGUGGGGGCGCAGGUCGGGGAGCUCCAGGGAAUGGCCGCGCCCCGCCCUGGCCCCCA